AUGGAAGAGGGCCAGGAACUGGAGAAUAAAGCAGUAGAAGAACUGCUAAAGGGGGGAGGGGGAAAGGGCAAGCGUGGGAAAACUAGAGCGGAAACAAUGAGACCUACUGGCCAGAGGAAGUAUCCUCUCGCUGGUACCAAUAGAAAAUUCCUAAUUAACAUAAUUAAGAGCACAGUGCUCGCUGCUCAUAAAGAGCAAGAGCAUGAACAAUCGGAGGACAGUAAGGAGCCCAUGAAAAUCCAGGACCAGAAGGAAGUGAACCCCAAGAAGCUCAUAAGCCACCCCAACAAGCACAGUGUGCACCCAGCCCGAGGUAGGGUGGGCUACACGUCCCCCAAGGAAACGGGUCUCCCCAUGGGACAGGUGUGA